CUGGACCGUUCGAGAACGAGGUCGAUAGAUAUGGCGGUCUCUGUUUGCUGGGGGACGCUGUGUGGCUCUUUGUGUGCACUGUCCCUGUGGGCAUGGCGGCGGCUGGUCUUCCUGUCCACACUCUGCAGUUUCAUUGUCGUCUUCGUCAUUGUCGGUCAGAAAAUACCUGAGCGUCAUCGUUUCCCGUCUGCUGCUAUGGCUAUGGGCGAUUCCCUUUCCUCGUUUCCGACUUCCCCUGCUUUCUCCGGCAGUAGCGGAGGCUCGCCUGCUGGCGCCCAGAUGCAUCACAGUUAUGCCGACGACCGGUCGAUCGCUCCAGGAAAUCUUGACGAUGACGACGACCGUCCCCCCGACCGCCGGUCGCUCGCUUCAGCAAAUUUGUCGCCGUCCAUCGCGCUUUUCAAGCAGGAUUUGUUUGCUGAUGACGUCAACGGCACAGCUGGGACGCCGAGACCCGUGCUCGUGCACACACCCGAGGCGCCCUUCAAUGCCACCCCGUCCCCGUUCACGCCCGAUGAAUCCUCAGGAUGGGGUUAUUGCUGCGAUUCGUUUUAUAGAAAUGUAGUGUUUCUCCCCAACAGCACGCGACUUUUCGCUAUCCUCGAGCAGAGCUGCACCAUGCACAACGUUACUUAUGAACGACAAGGAAGCGGAGAAAACAGUGUGAUGGUAGAGUAUUCCAAUUUGACAGUUACCUUUAGAGAGAUGUCAGUGCGACAGGCAGAUCUGCUGCCUGUGAGGCAGGGGAGGAAGCCUCUAGCAGACGAUGCAGUGUUAAGCUACUGGUGGCCGGCGGACAGUACGGACGGGGAGAGAGUCUCGACUCCCAUUGUGUACCAGGAAGACAAGAACAUGUCGUUGAUGGCUACAAUCUACGGCAUGGACAUCGCCAAGACUGGCACGCACCUGGUCUUGGGCUCGUCCGGAUACCGCGGAUCCAUGUACCCAACGCCGCCAGUACUUACGUCGCUAUCAACGAUCAACGGCAGUCGAUCGCUCAUCAUGUCUCUGACGGGUGACGUGGAGGUGACUUCAGUUGAUGCGAUGGCUUUGGAUCCUAAUAAGACACGCCUCCUCGUCGAUGAGGGCUUCACCGUACCUAGCGAGUACGUCACCGGCGGCGGCGGAAUAAAACAGGACCGGAUCGUAUCUGCUGACGUGGACGAAUCUGGUUACCCGGUUAAGUCCGACGGUGCUGAGCGGGAAGGGUACCCUUUUCACAUCGUACACCGACUUGGCAGCCCGCCUGAUCCAAAGAAAAGCUAUUUUAGUGGCAUGGUUUACUUCAGCCCUCACAGCGUCACGCCUAGCGGAAGGUGCAUGUACCUUCUGGAUAGAUCCGAGGUGUUUGGACUCGAUCCCUCGACCUCCAGACUCACUCGUGUGCUGGGCAGUGGCAUCGAGACUAAGCCUCUUGAUUGGAUGACGACGUGGGCGUCGCCUUAUGGUAUCGCAGCGACAUCGGACGGCUGCAAUCUUUUCUUCAUACGUCAAGUUGAUUAUGCGUCUACCGAUGGUAUUGUCUGGGUGAAGACGAAAAGGCCAUGCGGUACGGCAUGGAGCGUGGAGGCUGUGGUGCGCUACGGGGAACCCGCGUACAACAGCUCGGGCUCCGACCCGGUCCUUAGAACGCUGGCCCUUCAGGAAACUGAAGGUCGGCUGUUUCUGUACGUCGGAUAUACGGACGGCCGCCUGUUCGAGCUGGAGAUUAACCGGUCCCAACUGCAUGUAUGCUCCGACGCAAAGCCACGUCUGAAGUCACCAUCCCUCUCUCUUCUCAUCACCUUUCUUCAUCUCCUGAGUUUCGUAAUGGCUUACGUCUUACUCGUUAUUGCCGUAUGAGAGAGAUCGCAGGAGAUGCAGGGUGCCGUAGCCCCAGCGUUUCAGGCCUGUUCCAGAUCUGCUAAUCUUUUGAAAUU